AAUUCUGUUUUGGACAGACUGGGAUGCAAAUUUUCCUCGCAUUGAAUCCGCUUCCAUGAGUGGAGCAGAAAGAAAAAUCAUAUAUAAAGAUAUGGAUACUGGAGCCUGGCCUAACGGCCUUACUGUGGAUCACUUUGAAAAAAGAAUAGUGUGGACAGAUGCCAGAUCGGAUGCCAUUUAUUCUGCAUUAUAUGAUGGAACCAGCAUGAUAGAGAUUAUACGGGGUCAUGAAUAUCUUUCGCACCCGUUUGCCGUUUCUUUGUACGGGAGUGAAGUGUAUUGGACAGAUUGGAGGACCAAUACACUUGCAAAAGCCAAUAAAUGGACUGGCCAGAAUGUCAGUGUAAUACAGAAAACAAGUGCUCAGCCAUUUGAUCUUCAGAUUUAUCAUCCAAGUCGUCAACCACAAGCUUCAAAUCCAUGUGCUGCUAAUGAGGGCAGAGGUCCAUGUUCUCACAUGUGUCUGAUCAAUCACAACAGAAGUGCUGCUUGUGCCUGUCCACAUCUGAUGAAACUGGCUUUAGACAAGAAAACAUGUUACGGUAAGAAGAAAUUUCUUCUUUAUGCGAGGCGUUCAGAAAUAAGAGGGGUGGACAUAGAAAACCCAUACUUCAACUUCAUCACAGCCUUCACUGUUCCUGACAUUGACGAUGUGACAGUCAUCGAUUUUGAUGCUGCUGAGGAACGCUUAUACUGGACUGAUGUGAAAACACAGACCAUCAAGCGUGCCUUCAUUAAUGGGACUGGCUUAGAAACCAUUAUUUCAAGAGAUAUCCAGAGUAUCAGAGGUCUUGCAGUGGAUUGGAUAUCACGUAAUUUGUAUUGGAUUAGCUCAGAAUUUGAUGAAACACAAAUUAACGUGGCACAUUUAGACGGUUCCUUGAAAACCUCAAUCAUCCAUGGAAUUGAUAAACCCCAGUGUCUUGCAGUUCACCCAGUAAAAGGCAAGCUCUACUGGACGGAUGGUAACACAAUUAACAUGGCAAACAUGGAUGGCAGCAACAGCAAAAUACUCUUUCAGAAUCAAAAAGAUCCUGUUGGUUUAUCGAUAGAUUAUGGGGAGAACAAACUUUACUGGAUCAGUUCAGGAAAUGGAACCAUAAAUAGAUGCAACUUGGAUGGUGGUAAUCUAGAAAUAAUAGAGUCAAUGAAAGAAGACUUAACAAAAGCCACAGCUUUAACUAUUAUGGAUAAAAAGCUUUGGUGGGCGGACCAGAACUUAGCUCAGAUUGGUACCUGUAACAAAAAAGAUGGAAGAAACCCAACAGUCCUGCGAAACAAAACAUCAGGUGUUGUACACAUGAAAGUUUAUGAUAAAGCAGCACAGCAAGGUAGCAAUUCCUGUCAGUUAAACAAUGGUGGAUGCUCCCAGCUCUGUUUACCAACAUCAGAAACCACCAGGACUUGUGUGUGUACAGUAGGCUACAAUCUUCAAAAAAACCGCAUGGCAUGCAAAGGUGUCGAAUCAUUUCUUAUGUAUUCUGUUCAUGAAGGAAUUAGAGGAAUUCCUCUUGAUCCAAAUGAUAAAAUGGAUGCUUUAAUGCCUGUAUCUGGAACUUCAUUUGCUGUGGGCAUAGACUUCCAUGCAGGAAAUGAUACAAUCUAUUGGACAGAUAUGGGCUUCAACAAAAUAAGCAGGUCUAAACGAGACCAAACAUGGAAAGAAGACAUUGUUACAAAUGGUUUGGGAAGAGUUGAAGGCAUUGCAGUGGACUGGAUAGCAGGUAAUAUAUAUUGGACGGAUCAUGGCUUCAACUUAAUUGAAGUUGCCAGGCUCAACGGCUCGUUCCGAUAUGUAAUUAUAUCCCAGGGUUUGGACCAGCCAAGAUCUAUUGCGGUACAUCCAGAAAAAGGGUAUUUAUUUUGGACUGAGUGGGGACAGACUCCUUGCAUAGGCAAGGCACACUUAGAUGGGUCUGAGAAGGUUGUACUUGUGAGCCUGGGGAUUACGUGGCCUAAUGGGAUUUCCAUCGACUAUGAGGAAAAUAAAUUAUAUUGGUGUGAUGCUCGUACGGACAAGAUAGAAAGAAUUGACCUUGAGAGUGGAGGGAAUCGAGAGAUUGUGCUGUCAGGGAGCAAUGUGGAUAUGUUUUCAGUCGCGGUGUUUGGAGCUUACAUCUACUGGUCUGACAGAGCACAUGCAAAUGGCUCUAUUAGAAGAGGCCACAAGAAUGAGGCCACGGAUGCUGUGACCAUGAGGACUGGCCUUGGAAUAAACCUGAAGGAAGUGAAAGUCUUUAAUAGAGCACGAGAGAAAG